CAACUACCAACAUCCUUGAAUACCCAUCACAUUCAUCAUCAUGUCUUCUCUCAUCAACAAGGUCAAGGACAAGCUCCACUCCGACAACAAGACGGAGCAGCCCGAGGGCACCCACGGACCUCACAGCUCCCGCGCCGCCAACGCUGCCGACCCUAGAGUUGACUCGGACCGUGACCACCGCGAGAACUUGGGCAAGCAUGACGGCUCCUACACCACCGGAGGCGACAACUACUCUUAUGGCGCCGGCAACACUGCCACCACCGGCACUACGGGCACUACCGGCUUCGGCUCCGGCCCUGGCCCUGCUUCCAACACGGCCGGCAUGCACAGCUCCAACCUGGCCAACAAGGCCGACCCUCGAGUCGACUCCGACCUCGACGCCAGCCGCAACAUGGGCAUGAAGUCUCAUGGUGCUACCCACGAUACCACCACCACGGGAACCACUGGCACUUCCGGCACUACUGGUUACGGAACUGGUUCUCACAGCACACAGACUGCUGGCAUGCACAGCUCCAACCUGGCCAACAAGGCUGAUCCCCGAGUUGACUCUGACCUUGAUGGCAGCCGCAACAUGGGCAUGAAGUCUCAUGGUGCUACUCACGGCACCACCACCACCGGCAGCAGCACUGGCACCUCCGGAACCACUGGGUUCGGAUCUGGCUCCAACGCCACCAGGACUGCGGGCAUGCACAGCUCAGACAUGGCCAACAAGCUCGAUCCCCGAGUCGACUCGGAUCUCGACGGCAGCCGCAACAUGGGCAUGAAGUCCCACGGCUUUGGCAAUGAUCCCCAGACGACCGGCCCUGCCCCCAACACGGCUGGCCCGCACAAGUCGGACAUGAUGAACAAGGUCGACCCUCGCGUGGACAGCGACCUCGACAACAGCAAGACGGUCGGCGGUGACAAGACCUUUGCCCAGUCGUAAGUGGGCAAACGCCUCUGUCCCGGAACAACGGUCGCCGACUUCGACGAACUAACACCUCCAGGGACAGCAGGACGACGGCCAAGGAUCCCACGGAUGCUGCUCAGGUGCCCCCUUCGGUGUUGCAGAAGCACAUUGGCAAGCCCACCAUUGAGCACGACAACCACAGCUACGACCGUGAGCGGAGGCACAGCGUUCAUCAACGGGAACAGCAUCAUGGG